AUUUCCUUCUGCUUUUUGGUUUUAAGCCUAUAUUUGAAGUCCUAGAUCUCUCCAGCACAAUCAGCACCAGGAGCCCAUGAAGAAGAUGGCUCCUGCCAUGGAAUCCCCUACUUUACUAUGUGUAGCCUUACUGUUCUUUGCUCCAGAUGGCGUGUUAGCAGUCCCUCAGAAACCUACGGUCUCUUUGAAUCCCCCAUGGAAUAGAAUAUUUAAAGGAGAGAAUGUGACUCUUACAUGUAAUGGGAGCAAUUUCUUUGAAGUCAGUUCCAUGAAAUGGUUCCACAAUGGCAGCCUUUCAGAAGUGGCAAAUUCAAGUUUGAAUAUUGUGAAUGCCGAUUUUGAGGACAGUGGAGAAUACAAAUGUCAGCACCAACAAUUUGAUGACAGUGAACCUGUGCACCUGGAAGUCUUCAGUGACUGGCUGCUCCUUCAGGCCUCUGCUGAGGUGGUGAUAGAGGGUCAGCCCCUCUUCCUCAGGUGCCAUGGUUGGAGGAACUGGGAUGUGUACAAGGUGAUCUAUUACAAGGAUGGUGAAGCUCUCAAGUACUGGUAUGAGAACCACAACAUCUCUAUUACAAAUGCCACAGUUGAAGACAGUGGCACCUACUACUGUACGGGCAAACUGUGGCAGCUGGACUAUGAGUCUGAGCCCCUCAACAUUACUGUAAUAAAAGCUCAGCAUGACAAGUACUGGCUACAAUUUCUUAUCCCAUUGUUGGUGGCGAUUCUGUUUGCUGUGGACACAGGAUUAUUUAUCUCGACUCAGCAGCAGGUCACAUUUCUCUUGAAGAUUAAGAGAACCAGGAAAGGCUUCAAACUUCUGAACCCACAUCCUAAGCCAAACCCCAAAAUCAACUGAUAUAAUUACUCCAGAAAUAUCUGCAACAUUUUUUUUUCAGCAUCAGCAAUUACUACUCAAUUGUCAAACACAGCUUGCAAUAUACAUAGAAAAGUCUGUGCUCAAGGAUUUAUAGAGAUGUUUCAUUAAACUGAGUGAAACUGGUUAAGUGGCAUGUAAUAGUAAGUGCUCAAUUAACAUUGGUUGAAUAAAUGAAAGAAUGAAUAGAUUCAAUUUAUUAGCAUUUGUAAAAGAGAAGUUCAAUUUCAAUAAAAUAAAUAUAAAACCAUGUAACAGAA